AUGGAGAGCGAGUUCCUUAAACCUGCCGAAGCAUUUGUGAAGUUCUUGCGAACAAGUUGCAGUUGCUUUCAUGUCGUGAAGAACUGUUGUGAAGAGUUGUCAUCCAAUGGAUUCCAGCGUCUAAGUGAGAAGACGAACUGGGGCUCUAUUAUAAAACCCCUGGGAAAGUAUUAUCUCACUCGGAAUGAAUCUGCUGUCAUCGCCUUCGAGGUGGGAGGAAAGUAUAAGCAAGGAAAUGGAUUCUCGGUGGUUGCUGCACACACCGAUUCUCCCUAUCUCAAGAUCAAGCCCGUUUCGAAGAUCGAGUCCAAUGGUUACUGCCAGAUUGGAGUUGAGACGUACGGUGGAGGUUUGUGGGAAACCUGGCUAGAUCGCGACCUAGGUCUUGCAGGUCGUGUGCUGUACGAAGACAACGGCGUGAUUCGCUCAAAAUUGGUCAAUAUUGACGAGAGCAUCGGAAUCAUCCCCUCUCUUGCGAUCCAUCUCCGAGAAGGCGACGCAAAGCGUGGCGUUACGAUCAACAAAGAAACCAUGCUUCCCCCGAUCACUCGCCUGACCACUCCCAAAUCCUCCGAAAAAACCGACGAUUCUUCGGAUUCUUCGGCUCCCUCCGAAUCUCCAGAAGUGCUCCAACGCCACGACGCCGAUUUGGUGCAGUUCAUCUGCGAGCACAUCGCCUUACCUCCCUCCAGCCUCCUCGACUUCGAACUUUUCUGCUACGAUCUGAACGAAGCCCGGAUCGCGGGCCUCCACAAAGAGUUCAUCUCCGGGCGGGGUCUGGACAACAUGGCGUGCGCGUUCGCCGCGCUGGAAGGAUUUCUGAGCGCGUCGAACCUCUCCGAGGAGCAGAACAUUCGCUGCAUGGUGCUGUUCGACAACGAGGAAGUGGGCUCCGACUCGCUGAUGGGCGCCGGAUCCACCCUCCUAGGCGACGUGAUGCGAACGAUCAGCGGGUCGUGCGAGGAGGACCGCGUGAGUCGACGCAGAAGCAUGAUUUUGUCGUGUGAUAUGGCGCACGCGGUGCAUCCCAGCUUUGCCUCCGUGCACGAGGCCAACCACAAACCAGCACUUAACAAGGGAAUGGUCAUUAAAACACAUUGUAAGCAGAGAUAUGCGACGUCUUCGCUUUCUACCUCCGUCAUACAGAUGAUUUGUAAACAGAAGCAGGUUCCCUUCCAGCAGUUCGUCCUGCGGCAGGAUAAAAUCGGGGGAAGCACGAUAGGGCCGAUCAUGAGCACGCGAGAGGGCAUCUACACGGUGGAUGUGGGACUGCCGCAGUUGUCGAUGCACAGCAUUCGAGAGACGAUGGGAACGAAGGAUGUAAAGUAUGGAAUCGACUUUGUGAGAGAGUUUAUGGAGAAUUACGGAAAGAUGGUGGAUAACAUUCAAUUGGACUGUUUGCUUGUUUGUUUGAAUCCUUUUUGA